UACAUCAAACUACUAUACCCAACCUUUGUCAAAAAAACAUUACGGAUUCGGUUUGGUCGUUUUCCAAACCACACGAGGUGUCUAAAACUUGUCAGAUGAGAAAUAAAGUGCUUAAUAUAAGAGUGUAGACUGUAUCAAGUUGUGCAGUAUAAUCCACUACCAAGAACCUCAUUUUCAAUAUUAACACUACCUGAAAAAAGAGAAAUAUGGCAUGCAUGUGGCGCAAGAAUGCCUGCAGUGGGAAGAAACCACCGUCAGACGUGCCGAGAGGUCACCUGGCUGUGACUGUAGGAGAGGCAAACAGGAGGUUUGUGAUAAGAGCUGACUACCUGAAUCAUCCAGUGCUUCAACAACUGCUAGACCAAGCAUAUGAAGGAUAUGGAUUUAACAAGAGUGGUCCUCUGGCUAUACCUUGUGAUGAGUUGCUAUUUGAAGAUAUUCUUCAUUCACUUGGAGGAGGGACACAGACACAGACACGCCGAUCCUCUUCGCAUGUGCUUACAAAAAAGCUAGAAUUGUGCUUUUCCAAAGACUCAGUACCGCUACUUGAAGCUUUUGACAGCAAAAGGAGCAAUAACUAUAAGCAUUGACUGUAACCAACGAGAACGGUUUUCUCCUUCACUGUCCUCGGUUGUUUACAUUCACUAUUGUCCAUGAGUAGUUCUUAACAGCCAUGUUGUAUUUCCAUAAUGAUGUCAUGUCAGAUUGUCCAGAUGCAAUAUCUGCUACCUACCUAUCUACCUACCUUCCUCUUUUUCUUCAGUAGAUUAAUUUCUGCGCUCGUGUGUGUAGCGUGUGUAAUUCCCAUUCAUCUUUAGAUUAAUUUCUGCGCUCGUGUGUGUAGCGUGUGUAAUUUCCAUGUACCUGAAUAUCUAAUGAUGCAUGUAUCUAUUUUUAACUGA